AAUACGGUGUCGAUGCCCCACGAAGCGUCGAUUGCCGAAGCAUUUUCAUUGAUGUUGAACCAAUCUAAAUAGUAAUUAUUUUUCAACAAUCAAAACUUAAAUGUUCGAGCAUUAUCCAGCUAGUUAACUUUUAUCGAAAACCAUUUAUCAUAUUUUCUACGUUAGAAUUUGAGAGCACAAGCCGCAGCAAUUAGUGCUAUACCGAGUUUGUUUUGGAGUCUCAAAAUGAGCAAGCGCCGUCGCGCAUCCUCCGUCGCAAGCCGGGGUGCUGAUGGUGAUGAUAGUGAUGACGUAGAGUUGAGUAACCCCGGACCGCCACCUUCGAGAAAGAAAAAAAAAUUGGAACCGAGCGAAAUAUGUCAGCAGUUAUAUGACACAAUACGGUCAUUCAAGAAAGAAGAUGGAACUCUGUUGUGUGAUUCUUUCAUCAGAGCACCCAAAAGGCGCCAGGAGCCACAGUACUACGAAGUUGUGUCACAUCCUAUUGAUUUAUUGAGAGUACAACAAAAACUAAAAACUGAUACAUACGAGGACAUAGACGAACUGUCAGCCGAUAUAGAGUUACUUGUAAAUAAUGCUAAAGCUUUCUAUAAACCUGAUUCAGAAGAGUAUAAAGAUGCCAUAGAGUUGUGGAAACUGUAUACUAAAAGUAGACAAGCACUUGAGAAUGGUGAUGAAAUAAAAACACCAAAGCUAUCCCGCAACGGAUCCUCAAGCAGAAGGUCAGAUGUGGCUGAAGAUAUUUCUGAAACAUCAACAAAUAAUGAUGAGGACAAUGUGCUUGAAGAACUUUUUAAUGCUGUUAUGUCUGCAAAUGCAGAUGGCAGACCACUCUAUGGAGCAUUCCAAUUUCUACCAUCAAAACGGCGUUAUCCAGAUUACUUUGAAGUCAUUGACUCGCCGAUCGAUUUAAAAACGAUAGCUCAGAAGAUACAAGCGAGCGAAUAUUCCAAUUUAAAUGAACUGGAAAAGGAUCUACUGCUGAUGGUCAGGAAUGCAUGCAAUUUCAACGAGCCCGGCAGUCAAAUAUAUAAAGAUGCUAAAAUGUUGAAGAAGAUUAUUCAAUUGCGUAAACAAGAAAUAGAUCAACACGGUCGCAGUGGGCCGUCGAAAACAUCUGAACGUAUUAGAAGCAAGCGUUCCUCUAGGGUUGUACCGAUUCUGUCUAGCAGGACUAUGGCCAUAUUAGAACCACCAGGGUCAGAUGGUGAAGCUGUAGUUAAGCAUUCAGAGGAUAGUGAAAGUGAUGAAGAAAAGAAUGACAAUGAAGAUUCGCCGCAGUGGAAACUUCUGGAAUCUGUUAAGAAUCAUGUAGGACCUAAUGGUACACCGCUGGCCGACCCAUUCUGGAAGCUUCCAUCGCGUCGUGAAUACCCAGAUUAUUAUAAAGAGAUAAAAAAUCCAGUGUCUCUGAAUCAGAUUAAGAACAAAAUUCGGCGCGGCAACUACGGCACAUUGUCAGAAGUGGCGGGAGAUAUGAAUAUUAUGUUUGAGAACGCUAAGCAGUAUAAUGUACCUUCAUCUCGGUUGUAUAAGGACGCUGUUAAAUUGCAACGGAUAAUGCAACAACGCGUCCAAGAGCUUUUGGAUAUAGUACAAAGCUCCUCUAGUGAUGAUGAAAGUCUAUCAUCGGUGAAGAACCAAGUCAAUACGCCUAGACCAAGAGAGCCGGGGACGGUGAAGGGCUUGGGGCUGGAACUAUUGGAUUCACUCGGGGACGGCCUGGAAAUGAAUUUUGAAUAUUUUUGUGAGUACAUACAUGCUAUAGAAAAUACUUUGAUAUUAGACUUUCGGUCAAGUACAGACGAGUCGUUACCCGCGGGCGGUGCGCCGCCGCAAACACAGUACUGCAAGGGCGAGUUCGUGUACGUGCAAGCGGAGAGAGGGGCGAGGGAGCCCUCCAUAGUGCAGAUCGCGAGGCUCUUCACCAAUGCGGAUCAUAUGCCGAUGGCCUAUGUGAACGUGUACUAUCGGCCACACGAAACAUUCCACGUGCGCACGCGCAAGUUCCUUCAUCAAGAGGUAUUCAAAACAGAGGCCCAUCGCAGCAUUCCCCUGGACCAGGUCAUCGGACGCUGUUAUGUGAUGAAUGUCAAGGAGUACUUCAAGUUUAGACCUGAAGGUUACGCCGACAAAGACGUGUACGUGUGCGAGAGUCGAUACAAUUCGAAGAAUCGCUGGUUCAAGAAGAUCAAAGUUUGGGAGGGGGCUGAAAAGGAGGUCACACUUGUGCCUAGAGAGGUUAACAAGACCAAUAUUACAAAGAAGGUGCCACUGGAGCCAAACAGGACAGUAUCAGUUUUCCGCGAAAGAGUCGAGAAGCACAAAGACGAGUUGGCAGAGCUCGAGGUCUUGGAAAAUGUUCAGGAAAAAGAAAGACCGGACGUGGUGAUGUACAACCCCCUGGGCACGGACGACGAGAACACGUACUACGAGCAGUACAACACGGUGUGCUCCGGCGUCAUCAAGACCGGUGACUACGUGUACGUCGUCACCGACGGCGGCAAGCAGCUCAUCGCGCAGGUCGACACCAUCUGGGAGACCGGCGACAACAAAUGCUACUUCCGCGGUCCAUUCCUCAUCUUCCCUUCAGAAGUGGCCAACAUUAUAAACAAGCCAUUUUAUAAACAAGAGGUGCUUCUAACAACAAUGCACGAUACAAGUCCCCUAGUUGGCAUAGUGGGAAAAUGCGCGGUGCUCGACUAUGAUGACUAUCUUAAAUGUCGCCCAACAGAGAUAUCGGAGAACGACGUUUUUGUCUGUGAAUCUCUGUACGAUGAGUCGAACCGAGUGGCCAGAAAACUAAAGUCUGGUCUGAGGAAGUUUGAGCACACCAAGGAUGUCACCGUUGAUGAGGUAUACUACUUCCCCAAGCCUCUGGGUCCGCCUCUAUUAGCCAGCGCCCAAGAAGUUGGAAGUGCUGCAUUCACUCAUAAAGCGUUCACACAUAAUAUGAACUCAGAUUGUAUGGAUGUGAAGCCACAAUUCACGAAUCUCAUAAAUACAACAAUUGGUAGUCAGGAUGUUGAAAUGUUAUUGGAGAAUUCCUUGGACGAUUCCUCGCUCGCCUCGCCAGCUACGCCGCUGUCUAUUGGUGGCAACAGCAACCCAUACAACCCGUCCCUCAUACAAACGCCCAGCCAAGAGAAGAACACGAACCAAACGGCCACUCCGGCGACCGGCAAGAAGAAGAAGGAGCAAAAACAGAAGAUCGUCACCGGCUAUAUAUUGUACUCGAGCGAAGUGCGAAAGGCAAUCGUUGCGAAUAACCCCGAGUGUACUUUUGGCGAAAUCUCCCGCAUAGUGGGCAACGAGUGGCGCUCCCUGCCCGCCUCCACCAAGCAGUGCUGGGAGGAGCGCGCCGCGCGCUGCAACGAGGAGACCGCCGCCCGCCUCGCCGACGAGAUGAAGGAGAUCGCGCAGCAUAACAAUCUCGUGGCGCCAACAUGCGCGUCGGCAGCGGGGCACGUGCAGCAGCACUACCGCGGCGGCGGCGCGACGGGCGCCAGCGAGUACCCGUGCCUGUGGCGCAGCUGCACGCGCGUGCGCAAGGGGCAGGCGCCCUUCCCCAACCUGCCGCGCCUGCUGCGCCACGUGCGCGACCUGCACGUCAACAAGGGCAACGGCCGCCUCAUCGCCGUGCACGAGCGCUCCAGGAACUUUAUGCCGUCGAGUAAGAAACCGUCGAAGUCCUACACAACUACGUUACGUACUGGGGUGUUGUCACCGGGAGCGUCCCUAUCGGGCAUGUCGCCGAUGGCCCGCAGCACGCCGUCCCCCGGCUGCGGGGAGGGCGCGGGCAGCGCGGGGGGCGCGGGCGCGGCGGGGGGCGCAGGCGUGGGGGCGGUGGGGGGCGCCGGGGGCCGCCCGCCGCUCGAGCCACUGUUCGUGUCCGCGCCGCCCAGGGUGCAGCGGGUGACGCACUCCGACGCUUAUAUACGAUACAUCGAGGGCCUGCACUCUGAACAGAAAUAUAUAACGCCAUGGGAGAAGUCGCUAACACCGAUGCCGGCCAAUCCCGACCCGGCACACUUCAACAUGCACAAGCUUCCCGCGCACUGGAUGACUGAAGAAGCAAUUAAUGGCUACCUCGCGCAAGACAAAAAUCUAACAGAGAGUGACAUACAAAAAAUGGACCAGAACACAAAAAUAUUGAGGGGCCUGUGUGCGCUCAGAGAUUUCAUGAUGAAAGACGCGUUCGCUAUAUACAAGUCGUUUUAAAUGAACAUCUUACAUAAUAUUCAAAAUUCGAAUAUGUGCAGUUUCAGUUAAAUUUAGAAUUUUUUUUUUUCAUUUCGUUCUCUUUCCGUAUGACAGAGAACUUGGGUAUAGUUUAUGUUGCCAAGAAGGUUUGCUAACUUUGAUGAAUUUUAUAUUUCUCUGUUAUUAUAUGACAAGAAUGAAUGAAGCAAUUAACAUUAAAGCUAUAGUCAAUGCAUUAUAAACAUCAAGAUAUGACAACUUUCUAGGACACGAGAGGAGUAAAAAUCUAUGGAAUGAGAUGUUAGCUUUAGUUUUAGAUGUUUUUUUAUACACUUUAAGUAAGAAUCUUGUAUACAUAAGUUUAAAUCAUAACUAAAUAAAAGUAUUGACCAGUAAA